AUGUCUCCCCGCAAAGCCCUAAUCAGCAUCACCUCCGCCUCAGCGACGCUCUUCGACGGCAAAGAAACCACAGGCCUCUUCAUCAGCGAAGCCUUACAUCCCUACAAUGUUCUCACUGCCGCAGGCUUUGAGGUCGAUCUCGCCUCUGAGACAGGAAGCUACACCCCUGACUGGCUAUCCCAACAACCCGACUUCUUGAACGGUGCGGAUCUCCAGACCUGGAACGACGUCAACAGCAGUUUCCGACAGAAACUAGACAACAUGCCUAAGGCCGCAGAUGUUGAUGGUUCUCAGUAUGGUCUUUUCUACGCCUCGGCCGGCCACGCUGCCUUGAUUGAUUACCCGACAGCCACCUCUUUGCAGAAGAUCGCAGAGCAGGUCUGGGCUAAUGGGGGUGUGGUAGCUUCUGUCUGCCAUGGGCCUGCUAUCUUUGCCAGUAUCCUUGAUCGGUCGACUGGGGAGCCUAUCAUCAAGGGUCGUCGGAUGACGGGCUUCACUACGGAGGCGGAGGACAAGAUGGGGAUCAUGAGUGAUUUGAGAAGUUGGGGUGGUGAGAUGGUUGAAGAACUUGCUGCCAGACUUGGUGCUCACUAUGAGCGCUCUGCUGGGAUUUGGGAUGACUUCAAUGUUGUGGAUGGUCGCCUUGUUACCGGUCAGAACCCUGCCAGCGCGACCUCGACUGCAAAGGCUGCUGUUGAGGUUUUCGAUGCUCUUUGA